ACUGAAAUGUUUGCGGAAUGAUUACUGUGCGUAUAGGAGGUUUAGUGAUUCCAAGUGCCAAUUACAGAGUCCCGUUCGUUUUAAUUCCUAGCAGUAAAGGCAUACAUACACAAAUCUAUAUUUUCCAACAAGAGAUAACCCCUAACACGUUUGUGUAUAUAUGUAGAAGGGAUUAUUUUUGAACAGUCUUGAGAGAGCCCUAUACGUAACAAACAGUAUAUCCUCAUGAAACUUUAGCACUUGAUGUGGUUGUGUACAGUAAAUCACUGUCCGAGACCUAGUCGCUUGUCACCUGUGGCAUGACUCUUUGUGUGAGAAUUCUAUCUUGUGCGCGUGAGAGCGAGCUUGUUUGCGAGUGUGCGUGCGCGUUUGUGUAUUACAUGAAUCGACUUAGUAAGGGGUUGAAGUUGCCGGAUGGUACUUGUACUCUCAGGAAUGUGGAAAGUUUUGUUUCUGCCUCAGUCUGGAACCAGACCGGGAAGGGUUAAACUGUGCUGCUGUGAAGACCGGAGGCUCAUGUUGCAAAGUCACAAGGAGUGUGUGUGACCGAUGAUGCUCAUGAUGAUGAUAUGACCCGCAUUCUUCAAAUGAAAACAAAGCAGAGGUCCUCAUUUGGAACUGUAAACCUCAACAUGGGACAUUUAUCUCCCGGCCUCCUGGUUCAUCACAGUUUAACGCUUCUCUUCCUCGUUGUUGGGCCUCAGAAAAUAAUCAUGCAGUUCACUACAGUUGUUCCUCAGUUCUCAAGCAGCAGUAAAAAGCAGGACCAGGUCAAUGGGGACCUCCACACUACACUAGUAAGCCAUAUCAAAUGCAAAAAGACAUUUGGUAGAGUGAUUUUUGUUUAUCUUCCAGAAUGUUUCGAUGUAACCUUCAAAGUCAAACUACACUUCCAAGUUUUCCCAAUUUUGUUUUUUUUUCUGUGAAAGAAAUAAUGUAAAGCAAAUGGAUUUUCCCAAUCUGUUGCCAUGAUAAAGCCAACUAAAACGUAAUCCGCAAGCUUUUUUAAACAUUCCUAGAACCACUGUAUUACUCAAAAUAUAAAGUCUUCCAACUCAACGUCAAACAAGAACAGUUAGUAGUUGGCGAGCUUCUCUUGUUAUCGGCAGGCUAGUGAUUUGCUUGCGUGUUUUCAAAUGUGAUCAACAUUAGUCAAGUUAACAUUUAUGCAAUUGAUACAACAUGUUUUUCAUUUCCGGUUCUAUUUUGUCGUUCCACCUUUGCUCUCUGCCAUCGCUGGUAAUGUGGUUUAGCCACCAAAAAAAAAAAGACAAUGACCUGUUUCGACAUGUUUUGGAACUUUGUACUCUUCCUGGGGUGCUUGACUUUGGAGGUUCCACUGUACAUCCUUGAGUGCGUGCGUGUGCGUGUGCGUGCUUGUAUAUGCGUGUGUCUGCAUGCGUGCGUGGUGACAAUGGCGUCUCCUGUUCCUGAGUUGUUCUUGUAUUUCUCAGGGGGAACAGUAUUGGUUGCCCCUUGCGAUAGCCAAUCAGUUCUUGCGUUGCAGUAUAAAGAAAAUUGUAAUAUUCAAGAAACUUUCCUCACCGGUUGGGCUGAGUAUUCUGGAAGCCCGUGUGUAGGACUGCUCAACUUGAAUAAGUGUGCGUGUGUAAGUGAGUGAAAGAGAGAGUGAGCGAAUGUGUGUGUUUGUCCAAGCAUGCUAAACAUGUCACUGUCAAACCAUAUUUUCAUAUGGAAGUAGAUGUGAGUGGAGAAAAAAAAUGGAUGUUUCUAGACAAUGCAGCACUAGUCCCCUCUCCCUACCCACCUCGCAGAGUUGUUAAAUGACCGACAGCCCAACACAUACCACAGUAACACGUCAAACUGAUCUCAGAUUAGAUUCUAUUUGCAACUUUGACGACCCUCAACAUAGUAGAAAUCAUGUAGAUCAUCUUAAGCGUGUGUGUGUGUGUGAGGCAUCACUCUGAAGCGAGAUGCUGACUUGUUCCUUUCUUGUGUGUGUGUCACUGAUAAGCCAGCCCAAAGAAUGUACAGUAGGCCUGUAAGGUGUUUUUCUUAUUUUAAAAAGAGACAAAUGGAUGUUGUUGAUUAUAUGAAAGAAGGAAAACGUGUGAAGACAAAGUAUGUUUCUUGCAAAAAGAAAAAAAAAUAGAUUCUAAUAAUGGACAGGUUUAACAUUAUAAAAUAAGCCCUGAAUAUUAUUUUUUUUACUAGCCCCAAUCAAAUUGAGGUGUAUAUUUAAUAUUUGACGAACAAGACAAGACAAUGGGCAUCCCUCGUCACAAAUGUCCUACCCACGACACAAAUUGGUUUCAAUGCUCGUGUAAUACUGUACACAAAAGACAACCGUAUUGUGUGUAAAACGGUGCUAUGCUUUCUUGUACUGUACUCACCCUGUAUGUAUAUUUCUGUGCUCCUUUUAUCUAUCCCAAAGUCAAAUGUAAUAAUAAUCAAUAUUUUGAAGCAAAAAUGCUAUUGUUAUGAUAACCCCCCCCCCCUCUCCCCUCUUGGUCAAUUUGAAAAAAUAAACACAGCUGCAAAUAUGGUA